CACCCCUCUGGCGCCACUUGGGUUCGCCUCCCCCCGUCGGCCAACAUGAGCGGUAAGGACGGGACCAUCGCGGGCGGGCGGGGGGCGCCGCCUCCCUCCCCGCGCCCCGCCCCGCCCAGCCCCCCGGGCGGAGGGACCCGGGCGGGGGAGGGGUAACGAGCCCGGCUGAGGGGAGGGCAAGCCGGGCGGGAGCCGCCGAGGGCAGGGGAAGCCCUUCGGGGAGGGGCCCGCGGGAAGGGGAGCGGGGCUAGUGCAUUGGGGGGGUGGAGGAAGCGCAGGAGGAGGAGGAGGAGGGCGGCAAGUCGCCUCAGGGACCAGGGCAGGGCCCAGCGCGCGGGUGUGCCGGGGGGGUGUCCAGGGCGGGACCAGGUGGGGGCAGGAAUACGGCUGGGGGUGGGAAUUUCCCGGCGGGAAGGAAGGAGCAGCCUCCGCCGUAGCAGCCACCGCUCCUCCUCCACCACCGGAGGAGCCUCCGUCGCCGUGCGGCCCAAAGCCCGUGAGGCAGAAGCAGGCGCUUGUCUUGUGUUUAAAGGAAAGGGAAAAUAGGUUGCCUUCACUGCGCGACUUGAGCUGGGGCUCAAGCUGCGGUAAUUCUCAGAAUAACCGAGGUUAGUGAAGGAGCGGAGGAGCGUUCCUGAGCAUGUGCAGAGUUGCUUUCCCUCACGAGGUUGCCCGCAUGGGGCGGGGGGAGGGUGGCAGGAGUAAGUAUAGCUGGGCUAAGCACUUUGCUUCCGAGGUGGAGCAAGAAGGUGGUGGGUUCGAGCCCCACGUUGGGCGAAAGAUUCCCGCAUUGCAAUGGGGUUUGGGCUGGAGAGCCUCGUGGUCCCUUCCAACUCUACGAUUUGGUUGACAGAAACUCAAGAGAGGCCUAGGCCCAUAGGCCAGACACACAUCUCCUAAAUAUAGGAAGGCAGUCUUCAGUAACUUACUGCUGCUUCUUUUUUAAAACAAACCCACGCACACUUGGAUUUCCCAGAUAAUUUCUCCUGUGCUGUCAUUUCCAUAAACUGUUUGGGGCCUUAAAAUAAGGUUGUAUUCACUUGGAACUUUUCGAUGAUUAGGACUUAAAACUUUGCUUGGCAAGCUUUGCUAUACACUAAGCAUAUGCAAGGCUUAGAGCAGUGCAGAGCUCCUUGUUGGGUCAACUGCAAGUCAGAAGUUUGCAUAACUCCUGCGCCACUUGGGACUGACUCAUGCAGCUGCUUCCCCAGGUCCAGACAGAUGAUUUUUAUUUUUGUUAUGGCUUCAUACCUGAAAGGUAUGAAGGGGGUUCCAGGGUAUCUUGAUACAUCACUACCAAAUAAAGAAGUGUGUUUUUCUUAUAGCAGCAUGCCACUGAAAAUUAUAAUUUUAGUGACAUGUUAUGGGGAAGGCUGUUAAAAAUAGGCUUGAUAAUUCCCCUUGGGGGCAAAAAAACCCCAAUAUGCAGAUGUAAAGGGCACUCUGAGAAUACUGGGUGGUAUUCCCAACUGAGUUUUAAAUACUGAAACACGGAAAAAGCUGUUCAUGUUGUAUAUGGUAGUUUGGGAGCACAGAGUCUAUUGGAUCUGCUAAGAAGAUUGUUUUCCACAUGGCUUUCAGCCUGAGUUGUUUGCCAGAUUUGCUAUUUAAUGUGCGUCUCUAGAGCUUGGAAAAUUGCUUCUAUACCAGUAGUGAGGAGGAAGUGAUCCUUGUGGUGCAAGAGAUAUGACAAUGCUUGAGUCACCAUUUCUUUGCCUAGCCUGCUUUAUGUGGUGGUUGUGAGUUUGUAGAGCAACAAUUAUGAUUAACAACAGCUUGGUUCAGUGAGGAGAGGCCAUCUUAUUUUCACAUAUGUGACAGCAGCUUCUCCUCCCACUACUCUGCCACCUCCAUCUGACUUAAUUUUUCAUUGAUGAUACAUGAUGCAUAUCACCCCCUUCUGGUAUGUUGGUUGGUGCCCUUUAAAGGCUAACCGAGAUGUUAUUGUUGCAUUUGUACCCUGCCCUUUCUUGAAGGAGUUCAUGAUAUCAUUCCUUCUCAUCCUCUGAACAGUUCUGUGAGGUAUGUCAAGCUGAGACUUGCUCAGGGACGCUCAUAAACUUCGUAGCUAAGCAGGAAUUGGCGUAUGGGUCUUCCUGGUCCAAUCCCAGCACUGUUCACUACACUAGUGCUCUCUGUUUUCUCUAACAUCUGCCCCACAACACACUCUCUUUCUUCUGCUCCCCCGCCCCCAGAUCUUAACUCAAGGUUAGCUCUUCAGGGUGCUAGAUACUUUUCAGCAUAUUUUCCAAAGGCAAGGUACUUAUAUUUUCCAUUAUCCAAUACAACACCAGGUGCGUAAAAAUAAUACUUUUGAGUUGUCUGCAGUGAAGUGAAUUACUUAACAGUAACUACGUACUUAGAAUGCUCAAAGUCCCUAUUUUUUAAAUCUGUAUUUUCAAACUGUGUCCUUCCUCCUGGUAGAGCUGCUUGCUUUGUAGUGCGUGUUUGACCAUUCUGUCUUCACUCUUUUCUUUUUUCCUUCCUGCACCCCCAAUUCCCAUGCAGACCAUGAUAUUUCAGAAGAAAUGGUUAUUGUCAAAACUGAGAAGGUAGAAGAAAGCUGCAGUAAUGAUGGACGGAACUGUGAGGGCCAGGUAAGUGUGGGUUCUAAAAUAGGCAACGGUUUCUGUGUGUAUGCGUGGAGCUUUGAUGAAUAUUAUGAUGAAACGUUCUCGUUUUCAGUUUCAUUGGAUGGAACAGUUUCAUUUGCAUUCCUCAUGAACAUGCUCUAAAAUGUUAGAAUUCUUGCAGCCUUUUGUGCUUGGAGACUGAGUAGGGGGGAAAUAGAGAGCAAUUUUUGCAGUCAUAGAAGAUGGUGGGUUAAUUAAAGGCUGCUCCUCCAAAUUCUAGCAGUGCCCCUGUGAGCUUUAUAAUUUGAACUUCCUCAUUUAAGAAUUGUUGGACUGUGCAGCUGUCUUGCCCAGGGUGCCUUUGGUUUGUGGGUUCAGUGUCUGAUCAGAUGCCUGUGGGAGACCAGCAAGCAGGAUUUGAGCACAAGAAGAUGGCAUCCAGCAUCUGGUAUUUAGAAGUAUUGCUGCCUCCAACUGUGGAGGCAAAGGAUAGCCAUCUUGGCUAGUAGCCUUUGAUAGUCCUAUCCUCCAUGAAUCUGCCUAAUCCUCUUUUAAAGCCAUCUAGGUUGGUGGCCAUCACUGCCUUCUGUGGGUUUUGAAGGCUGUUUGUGAUUGAAAGUCACACCGUGGUGGAGGAUGUAUUUGUUAGAAAUCUUCUUGGAGGUGAAAGCUGUUCUCCCUGCAGCUGAUCUGUACUGUGCUUGUGAGUCCGAUGUUUGCAGUCUCUGCUGCUUGUAGUGGGUGGUUCAACAGCUUCCAAUAGGCUGUCUUGCUUGUAUGCUCCUCCUUAGCUUUUCCUUGUUUUGUACAAACCCCCGGAAAGUGAGGCAAGUGCCUGACUCCUCCUCUCUCUGUCUUGUGUUUCCUGAUAGGAGUCCCAGCCUUCCCCUCUGGCUCUGCUGGCUGCAACAUGCAGCAGGAUUGAAUCUCCCAAUGAGAAUGCUGAUGGAUCACAGGGACAACAAGGAGGCUCAAAUGAACUGGACCUCACUGCUGCAACUCACAUCUCCCAGAAUGCAAAUGGCUGGCAACUAAUUUCUACUCCCUCUGGGACUUCUGACUCCCCCAAAGACCAAGGGAACACAAGCAAUGAUGAGAAUGAUUCGUCAUCCAAAAACCGACCUGCUACCACAGGGCAGUAUGUGGUUACUACCACCCCUAACAUGCAGGGCCAGCAAGUCCUCACGGGCUUGCCAGGAAUGAUACCCAGUAUUCAGUACCGGGUGAUUCCCCAGUUUCAAACUGUGGAUGGCCAACAGUUGCAGUUUGCCACCACCCCUACCCAAGUCAGCGUCCAACAGGAUGCCAAUGGCCAAUUGCAGAUUAUCCCUGGGACGAACCAGCAGCUCAUUGCAAAUCAGUCGGGGACAGGCAAUAUCCUGGCUGCCAUGCCAAAUCUUCUGCAGCAGGCUGUCCCCAUUCAGGGAGUGAAUGCCCUGUCAGGGCAGACUCAGUAUGUCACUAAUGUGCCACUGGCUUUGAAUGGCAAUAUCACUUUGUUGCCUGUCAAUAGCAUUGCAGCCAGUUUGGCACCCACUUCUCAGUCGGUUACUCUAAGCACCUCUGGCUCUAGCGAGAGUGGCUCUCAACCAGCAACAUCUGGCGCCUCUGUCAGUUCCUCCAGCACGGCUGUGUCCCAGGCCAAUUCUGCCGCUUUCUUUACCAAUGCCAACAGCUACAAUACCACUACCACAACAGGUAAUUUGAGCAUCAUGAAUUUUUCCACCAGCGGCACUCUGGGAACAAACGUUCAGGUGCAGGCGCCUCAGAGGACAGGAAGUGCUCAAAAUACUGAUGCUCUGCAGUUGGCUGGAGUGACAGUCCAGCAAGGGCAGCAGAAAGAUGCUGAUCAAAACCAGCAGCAGCAGCAACAACAACAGCAGAUUCUGGUGCAGCCUCAGCUUGUUCAAGGAGGGCAAGCUGGCCAGACUUUUACUACCCAAGAUGCCUUGCAGAACCUGCAGAUCCAGGCUCUCCCCAAUACUGGUCCAAUCUUUAUUCGAACACCCACUAUGGGGCCAAAUGGGCAGGUGAGCUGGCAGACGAUUCAGCUGCAGAAUCUCCAGGUUCAGAACCCUCAAGCUCAGACAAUCGCCUUGGCUCCCGUGCAAGGAGUCUCCCUGGGGCAGACAGGGAGCACCAACACGACACUGACCCCCAUCGCUUCUGCCUCUCUGCCCAGUGGCACUGUCACUGUAAAUGCCGCUCAGCUUUCCUCUGUGCCAGGCCUUCAGACCAUUAACCUGGGGGCCCUGGGAUCUGGGAUCCAGCUUCAUCAGCUGCAAGGGCUUCCACUCACUAUAACAAAUGCCACAGGUAAGUGGGAGAUUUUAGUAAGGCAUAUGCUUGGGGUUGAGAUCAGUUUCUAUUUUAGAAGGGCAAGUUUCUGCCCUUCAUUGCUAGUGGAAAUGCAUUGGAAGUGUCAGUGCAAACAUGCUGAAGAUUGCAAAUGAGGACGCAAACUACAAAACGUACAGUUGCCUUUCCAGUUCUGAAAAUGUCCAAUUCAGUGUAUCAGAAUUUUCAAGGCUUUGCAUACUAUUACGGUAUGCCCAGUUGCAGGUUGUUUCAUAUUUGAGGACCACUGUUUCAGAAAGUUUUAAAAAUGUAAAAAUGUAGAAUGUCCAUAUCUUGCAGUAUAAAAGGUAAAGGUACCCCUGCCCGUACGGGCCAGUCGUGUCCGACUCUAGGGUUGUGCGCCCAUCUCACUUAAGAGGCCGGGGGCCAGCGCUGUCCGGAGACACUUCCGGGUCACGUGGCCAGCGUGACAAGCUGCAUCUGGCGAGCCAGCGCAGCACACAGAAACGCCGUUUACCUUCCCGCCAGUAAGCGGUCCCUAUUUAUCUACUUGCACCCGGGGGUGCUUUCGAACUGCUAGGUUGGCAGGCGCUGGGACCGAGCAACGGGAGCGCACCCCGCCGCGGGGGUUCGAACCGCCGACCUUUCGAUCGGCAAGCCCUAGGCGCUGAGGCUUUUACCCACAGCGCCACCCGCGUCCCUCAUCUUGCAGUAUACCAUGGCACUAAUGCCAGUUAUAAUAACAUCAUAAAUUUACGUUGGGACCUUCCAUACAGAAGACUAUUUAUUACCUCUCAUUUUAUUUUAAUAAUAAUAAUAAUAAUAAUAAUAAUAAUUAAUAAUAAUUUAUUCUUUAUACCCUGACCAUCUGGCUGGGUUUCCCCAUUAAUAUUCUAGGUAGAUUUAGAUUGCUGUUAAUGCUAUGAUGGCUGCCUGCCUAUAAAUAUACUUUAUAAUGCUUGCGACUAUGUAGAGAGCUGGCCAUUUCUGAAGUGGCCAGCCAAGUGGCAAAGCAGAUCUGGCACACUUCCAGCAACCAUUUUUGAAAUAAUGGAGUUGUGGAGGAGUGUAAAAAAAUGCUUCUCUUAUUUAUUUCUCCACAGAAGCUGCUUUUGUGUAGUAUGAUCUCAUGUAGCUGCAAAAUGUGUAAAUACCAAAUCUGAACCCAACACCUAGAUCUUUUCCAUCCAGUCACUUCCCUCCUUCCUGGUGGAGUGAUGACCAGAUGGAAAAGACCCUCAAGUUUGGCUGGAUCCACAAAGCUGCAGCGCGCGCGCGCGCGCACACACACACACACACACACUACAGCAUGAUUAAGUAGUGCUACAGGGAAACACCUUCCACCCAGCUGCAGAAAAUGUCCUAAAGCAAAGCCUUGCCCCCAAGAUCUACAGAGAUGGCUGAAUGUCUUAGGCUUUGCCAUGUUUGGAGGGUCUGAGGGCAUGGGGAGAAAUUGAUGCCAUAAGUGAUUGGCUCUCCGCCUGGUUGCAUUAACCAAGCUGUGGUUUGUUUAUUCUUUUUGAGGCUCCCUGUGUACAAUCAGUCAUUUAAAUGUGGAAUUUCCCUCCCUUUGUUCAUGUCACGUAACAGUAUAACACAAGAUUUAUAAAUACAGCCACUGGUUAGGGAUCCAGUCACUGUGUUCCCGCUUUCUGAGAUCACUGUUUCCAAAGUUCACUGAGGAUGCUUUAUGCAUUGUGAACUCCUCCCUUGCUCAGUGAUAUCAGUGGAUGGCAAAGAAUGUGCAAGUAAAACCCUUGUGGCCUGGGCAUAAGAGAAAUUCCAGAAGCUGAAGAGGAGGGGUGGGGGAAAAGAAUAAACAUGCUGUGUUGAGUCACAAAUGCCAAUGAGCUCAGAGUAACACUCAAAUAAGUGUGUCCAGGGUUGUAGCCUAGCUGUGUUACAUUCAUUCUUGUGACAUGAUGUGGAAUUCAAAAGAUCUGAAACCGUAAGAUAAUAGAUAUUUAUUACAUUUACUUUAGGAUGAGCCCUCUGGGACUUGGAAGCAGCAGAAUUGUAGCUUUUAAAAUGAAUAAAUUGUAUGCUGUUGACACAGGGCUAAACUGCAUGUUACAGUGAAGCUUAGUAUUUAGAGUUCCUAACAUAAUUCCCCUUUUCUAAAGUCUGAGGUAUGGGCUGCUGAGAGGGAGAUAUAAUCUCCCAUAUACCUUAGUGCAGGCACCCCCAAACGCGGCCCUCCAGAUGUUUUGGGACUACAGUACAGUUCCCAUCAUCCCUGACCACUGGUCCUGUUAGCUAGGGAUGAUGGGAGUUGUAGUCCCAAAACAGCUUGGGGAAAACAGCUUGAGUUUGGGGAUGCCUGCCUUAGUGCUACUCAGCUACUACUCGAACACCUCAGCUGCUAUUGAUUAUAAGUGGAAAAACGUGUGGACUUAAAGUGGUUUAAUCCAAAAAGUUUUCCUCUUUUUGAGGAGGAGUAGCUCCAGGGGGACGGCUGGAGGGGAGUGCUGCUUUUACCAAAAAAAGAUUAUGUUCUUCACCAGACCUUGAUAGUCAGAUAGUCCAAGGAUAGACCACAUGUCACUGUGACGCUCUUUGUUGUUGUAGAUGUCUGACCUAUGUCUUCAGUCAUAGAAGCAAAAUAAUGUGUGAACCAACAGCUCAUUGUCCUUGGCCAUGGCUACUCCCAGGAUCUGUAAUGCUUAAACAGGGAUGGGGAAUCAUUUCAUCUGCAGAUGUUUCUGGACUCCCAAUUUACAUCGCCACUGACUUGUUAGCCAUUCUGGCUAGUGAUGAUUGGAGCUGGAGCCCAGUAACAUCUGGAGGGCCAAAGGUUCCAUACCCUUGCUCUGAAACAUGCACAGAAAUCAAGGAAGGUUGCUAUUGCUAAGAUGUAGCUGGUAGGUGCAUUGCCCUCAUGAAUGCAGAUGUGGGUAUAAAUAACACUUGGUUGCAAUGCAGCCCAGCCUCAGCCUGCCUGUUACAUAUGAUAGGUGUCAGGUUGUGGGUAAUAACUGGGUUUUUGUGUCACAUUAUCUGCAAAUACAACCCUUGUUUUGCAUUUGCAUUUCUUAAAAAUGAGAAUAAAGUGUUUUAGCCCUUUUGGUUGUAGACAAAAUAAACCCUAAAGCGGUGCUGACCAAACUUGGCCGUUCAAUUGUUUUGGGACUACAGUUCCCAUAAUCCCUGGCCACUGGUCCUGUGAGCUAGGGAUGAUGGGAGUUCUAGUCCAAAAACAGCUGGAGGGCCAAGUUUGGCCACCACUGAAGUGUCUGACCUUAAGUUUUCCAGUAGUACAGGCAUGUCCAAAGUCUGUUUCGGGGGGGGGGGGGCUAAUCUGGCCACCGGUCGGUUUAAUCUGGCUUCUGUGGCAUUUUAUUUCCUGGGGUAAAAUCCUAAAAAACCCUCGACAACCUCAAGCCUAAAAAAAAGGUCAAAAACUUUGGUUGGCCCUCAGAGCUCUUCACUUCAUCAAAUCUGGCCCUCUUUUUAAAAAGUUUGGACACCACUGGUCCUGAGCUGUGCAGUUUCCAUCUCUUUCUCCUACAAGUCUCUUAGGCAAUUGGACAAAGGAUAGUUGUGUGAGCUAAGUUGAGAUUUGAACUAGGAAUGGCUGACUCAUAGCUGAACCCCACCAAUUGGAUUCAUAAUCAGUCCAGCACAGACAGGGCAUUGCAUACAGCAGCUUUUGCUGACUGGGUGCCCUCCGGAUAUUUCAAACUACAGUUCCUAUCAGCCCCAGAACCAUAUUGGACAGGCCAACUCCAUCAGGCCGCCUUGCUCACUCUAUCAGUUCUGGGGUGAGAGACCAGCUCCAUCAGGCACCUCCUGCCCCUGAACUGACAGCUGGUCAUCAUAAUAGACAGCUGUUUAAUAGACAGCUGUUUAAUAAUUGGUGCCUUAGUUCAGGUUUAGAUUUUCCUCUUCCCUCCCUGUCCCUCUAGUGUCACCUUGUGGGUAGGGUGUGGGGUACAAAUGCUGUAAGUAAGUAAAUAAGAUAAAGGGGAUUUUUACACAGUUAUACAGUGUGGAGGUAGUUUGAAUGUAUAUUUGGAAAGACAAAGGAAGGAUGUAGUAUGGCUAUGAUAUCACUGUUGAAAUGUGUAGCAUUCAGAAUGACACAAAGGCUGCCAUUUGUUACAAAGGGCCACUGGCGAGCAAAAAGCAUGAUUCUGUUGCAAACAGUCUACUCUUAAGACAGUAGAUUAAAAACAAGGCCAUAGAUUUGUAUGAAGGUACUCUAAAACUAGCUGUUGGCACUCAAAAUGUGCAGCCUUGUUUUGAAAGAGAUCUAAUACUGCUUGGAAAAAGUAAUUCUGUUUGGAGAGCCUGUCUUGUUUGUUCUUGCUCCUAUUUUGCAUUGGUUUCUGGGAAUGGUGCAUGUUUAAACAUUAAGUAGUGCAUUUGAAAAGAAGUCUCUCCAGUGAGUUGGAGAACCAGAGAAUGAUUUUUAAGUGUUGCCUAGUUUAGCUUCUCUUUCUUUCACAAAGGCUAAUUAAGCUGCUUUGGGGAAACUGUUUUUGUAACGUGCAGAACUGCAGGUGAGGUUUUUGUUCUUGGCAUCUUUCCACAUAGCUGCUUGUUUGCAAAUGUGUCCCUCAUUAGUAGUCAUGGUUUAGUGUACAUCCUGCUUCUCUCACAUGCUGAGAGGGCUAGAUCACAUUCAGAUUAUUAUAAGAAUUUUGUGUCCUCAAAAAUACGUUGAGGCAGUCUGAACUCUGCACCAAGAAAAGUGAAAUUCUGUAGCUCACAAAAAUGGCAUAUUUACUUAAUUUAUUUUUGAUUAACAGUUUCUCAUUCUGUAAAUUGUGGGCAAGGAUGUUUCCAGGGCAGUAAAGUUCUGCCUUCUGACCACAGGAAGCCUUACUGAGCAAUUUGUCUGGCUGCUGAGAUUUCUACAGGCAUUGCCCACACACUUCAAACAUAUCUUCACAGCCGCAAGGGGUAGAUUAAAACACCUUUGUUAUAAAAGGGGGGGGGGGCUCAUUUCCCUACAAAGCUGAAUUCAGUGCCCAUUGCCACUUUUCUGCAUUCCUGCAUGUGCACAGCCCGUUUGAGCCUACUGAAUGUGAUGGUAGAGUAUGGGGUAGUUGGGAACAGGGCAUGGUUGUCGUGCCUCCAGUACAUACCUUAUUUUGGUUUCUUUGAAUGCUUGUUUUGACACAGUCUUUCAUGUUAUAGCUGCUUUUAGCCGUUCAUUUCCUUUCCUCUUCUCUGACUUCCCUUCGAGUUGCCAGCAUCCUAUUGCCCUGAUGCAGGGUUUCUCAACUUGGGUUUCCAGCUGUUUUUGGACCACAACUGCCAUCAUCCAUAGCUAGCAGGGAUGAUUGGAAUUGUAGUCCAAAAAGAGCUGGAGACCCAAAUUUGGGGUCCCAUCCACCUGUCACUUUUGGCCAUCUUAAGCUGUGAUUCAUCAUGUAGGUGAGACUAGUCAAACUACUGUUUUAGUGUAAUCCAGGCCACUUCCGGUGAUAGAACGCCACAUUGAGUAUGACUUACUAAUAUUUGGCAUGGUGAUUAGCCAACACUGAGCUAGUUUGCGAAAUUAAAACACGCUGAAUGGCAAGUUUGAAGAGAGACGAGGAUGUUGGUUAAAGAAAUAACAGUGAGCCAAAAGGCAAAAAUUAUCUUUAAUUCAUUCUGCUCAACUAGAGAGCAAAUGUAUUCUAAGGGAUAAUUCAUGGUAGCCAUCUGUGAGGUUUAGAACAAUUAUUAUGUUUUAUUUAAAAACUAAAAAAAUACAUCAAAGGGAGCAUAUAUAUGAGCUGCAGUUCAUCAUGCUUGUGAAAAAAAUAAGCAAGUUUUGCAGAUCACAACACAUAUGUGUUGUGUCCUAAUUCUUUCUGGCAUGGUUCUUCAAAUAAAGCAAGCUAGAAAGUUAAGCUUCUGAAAUCAAGUUGUUUGUUCAGGAGCUAACAGUGCAACUUUCAACUUGCUCUGUGGCGAGAUGUGGGGCUCUUGCCUCUUCUUAGUGCACAAGAUAUUUAAUAAGUGAAAUGUUUUUUAAAUAAGGAAAGAGUGUUUGAAUACACAGAAUGUCUAGGCCCGAAGACAACUCUGUUCUUUCAGUGGCUCUGCACAAACGUUCAUUGUGCCGUUAGGCCAUGAACAAGGCACUAAGGAAAAUUGCAUGACUGUGUUCCAGUUUGGGUGCUUGCUUCCUUUCAACCCAAAGGUGACCAGGAAUCUGUGACCCUCCAGAUGUUAUUGGACUACAACUCCCAUAAGCUAAUGUUGGCAUUUGAUCGUGUUGAUAGUCCAGUGGAAGACAUUUAUUUGUAAAACUGUUGUGCAAGGGGUGGGACUUUAAAAAGUUAUCUUGGCAUAGAUAUUUCUUCACAGCUGGAUAGCUAAGUUGGUUAGACCAGUGGUUUUUAACCAGUGUGCCAUGGCACCCUGGGGUGCCUUGAAUGAUGGUCAGGGGUGCCACGGGCAGCACUGGCCUCUGUCCCUCUUUCCUUCCCUCCCUCUUCUGAAGCCUUCUCACAUCUCUGUCUCCCAAAGGCUUGCACAGCUGUUUAUUGCAGCAGCCCUGGCUAUAAGCUCCACAGACGAAUGAUGUCUCUGGGAGGCACCUCUCUUUGGGGUGGGGGUGCAGUUCAGAGACCAGGGGUGGCAGCAGCAGCUGCCCGGAGGACUCCCAAGGAGAAGGGAGAGGAGGCUGAGGGAACACUCCACAAGGGAGGGUGUUCGAAAAAGGGUGAGAGGCUGUCAGCUGUGCAGGCAAGGGGUGACAUAACUGGGCUCCUGAGCCUCAUAGGGGUGCCACAGAAAGAAUGCAGUUGGUAAAGGGAGCUGUGGACUCAAAAAGGUUGAAUACCUGUGGGUCAGAGCAUAGUGCUGAUAACACCAAGGUCACAGAUUUGAUCCCCAUAUGAAACAGCUGCAUAUCGGGUUGGACUGGAUGAUCCUCAGGGUCAAUUCCAACACUAUGAUUCUAUGCUUUCUGUAAGGGAUGUGCUUUGGGUAAGUUCAUCAAUGGGAAGCCACAUGGUUCCCUUGGAUUGGAGUGCAGGAGAGAGACUCAUGAGCUUUGCAUUGACACAGAAUUUCCCCCACCUACUCUCCUGAUAGGGAUGCGGGUGGUGCCCAGGGCUUGCCGAUUGGCGGUUCGAAUCCCCGCAACGGGGUGAGCUCCCAUUGCUUGGUCCCUUCUCCUGCCAACCUAGCAGUUUGAAGGCACGUCAAAGUGCAAGUAGAUAAAUAGGUACCGCUCCGGUGGGAAGGUAAACGGCGUUCCGUGUGCUGCUCUGGUUCGCCAGAAGCAGCUUAGCCAUGCUGACCACAUGACCCGGAAGCUGUACGCCAGCUCCCUCGGCCAAUAAAGCGAGAUGAGCGCCACAACCCCAGAGUCGUCUGCGACUAGACCUAAUGGUCAGGGGUCCCUUUACAUUUACCUUACUCUCCUGAUGUCUUGGAUGGCAGUUGGCAGGGGGGAGUUCGUAUAUAACACAGCAAGCACUGAAUUCGUGCUGUCUUGCUCAUGGCAAACUUUACAAAACGGCUGGCCGUGAUCACCUCAUUAAACAAAAAGUUAAAGGAAUCCUGGUAACACAUGGUAAAAACAAUAACAACCUGACACAUUUUAAUCCUUCCUCUUGUAUUCUUCCUUAACUCAUACUUGAAGUAUGGGGCAAUAUUGGCUUCUUUUGUUGUUGUAACACUCCAGUCUGCUUUGUGAACAUGUGUGCUGGCACCAACCCUAAAAUAAAGCAGUUGAGCAAAACUCACUUUAUUUGGAGGAGAGGUUCUCAGAACAUCUAGUCAUUUGACACAGCGUUGACAGGUUUUUGGCUUUUAGUCCCAAGUUACCAAAUUUUUCUUAUUGAUGACUCUGCAAACUUUUAAGCUUCAAGUCUAGCACUUCAUUCAGAAUGAAUAAAGUGUUAAUUUUGUGUGUGCAUGCAAUAAAGUAGAGAGAUCGCUGUUUAGCAACUUUGUGAACUUCGACCAGAGGAUUCUUGGGCAAGAACUGCCCUCUACAGCAUGCCCACAUAUUCUCCUUUCAGUUCUCUGCUCAGUGGAUGAUAAGCAGGAAAGACACCAUGAGAGAGGGAGGGAAUUAGGCUUCUUGGUUUUGAGGAUUAGCUGGUUUCAGCUUGCCUGACAAGAGAAGUGGCCUCAGUGACUGGGGAAGUUGCUUGUUCCUGACCUCCCCAAGCUAGCAGCUGUAGCCUUUGAAGGCCUUAAGUUGCAGCCCUCCCUGCACCGUGGCCAACUCUACAGAUGCCCUUGUUGGAUUUAACCGUAGCCCCACCUUACCCUAAGAGGUUAGAGUUCAGACUUCCCUAGGGCAUCCUGCUUCUCUUCCAGCUCCAGUUGCAUUGAAUCUGAUUUCUGUCCAAUUAGCCAUUUGCUACUACUUUGGUCUAGCUAGCCAAAAACUAUCCAUGACGUUGCUGGAAGGGUUGGCCUGUAAUUGAUAGCCAUGUGGGCACUUCCUAGCUUCUUUAUUCUUUAAAUUUUUCUGGGUGGCAAACUGUGGUAUCCACUCAUUUUGCCUUGAUGGUGCAGGUAAUUCAAGGUUGAUGGGUGUAGAAAAUCUGCUGCAGUCAGAAAAUCUGCUGCAGUCAGAAAAUCUGCUGCUGGCUGUCACAGAAUUCUACAGAGGGUUUUGAAAAGUACAUGAAUUGACUUGGUAGCUUCUCUCGUUCUCAUUGAUUAUAAACUAUGGAGUUUUUCCGUAGAGCUGUCACGUGGAAAAAAAUAUUAACUGAUCUGUCAUCUGCCUUUUACAAGUCACACUUCAAUAUAGGUUCCUUUUGAGAUAUUAAAAAGAAAGGGAACUUGGGACUUUAUAAGCAAAGAAUAUCACAUAGUUUUUGAGUGGAGGGCAUAAUAUUGUCUCCAUUCUAUUUAGUGAUGAUGUAAUGUAAUGGAAAUAGCCUUAAGAAAUAAAAAUGUGUGUGCCCUUAACUCUCAGCCUCACUUUGUUUAGAAUUGCCCCUGCAGAUGAAUCAGCCAAAGCUUUGAUUAAUCUGUGGUUUAAAGCUUGUUCAUAAUAUUUUUUCUUCAGCCAUCAUCUUUGCUACUUGCAAUGCAUUGGACCUGGAUUGUGAGCUGGUAUAGGGAACCUUAAGGAAGUGAGGUGUAUUAUUGUCCAGAUGAACACAGGCAUUCUGUGAAAAGCAGAAGAGCAAAUGCCUGAUAAGAGAACACCUGUGACUUCUACUUUAGUGCUGGAAGGUAGUCGAGUAAGUGGGAUCUAGAAUUUUCCGUACCCCUCUUUGCGUAUCUUAUUUUGAGGCUUGGAAAUUGAAACGGGAGUUGGGGCAUGCCAGGGCUUGUGCGGAGACUGCACUUUAUCCCUUGGCUGCUAGAGGGCAUUGCCAGUUUUGACUUCAAGAUAAACUCUCAACAAAAUAAGAAUUAACGAAAGAGACAAUACGGGGCAAUUUGCCCAGAGAUAAGUGAGGAUUUGUCAAGAAACAACUACCAUCUGCACCAAAGGCAUGGACUGAGAACAUUAGGUGCAAGAGCAGGUGACAGGCAUAGCCCUCCACAAUUGUGUAUGUGGCAUUUAGGAUUCUCUCCAAUCCAUAUCUGCUACCAGCCCUCCUUAAGUACUUUGCUUGCCUGGAUGGAGAGGUGUGUAGAAACAUCUGUGGCUGGAAUGCAGCCUUUAUUCUGGCCCUGCCCGCCCACCACUGGCAUGCACUCCCCACCAAGUAACUCACAAGGAAAUACAGCCCUCAAGUUGAAAAAGGUUCCUGCCUCUAAUGUAAGGUAAUGUGGGGACAAAAGGCAAGGCAAAUAAGCCUUAAAAUGCAACUUGUUUAUAAGUGUACAGCAACAGACGCUGGAGGGCAGAAUUCAGAUUCCUAGAAGCCCACGUCAGGUUCUCAUUUUCCAUAGAUUCCCGCCCCCCCAAACUCUCCCCUGGUGUUAGAAACAAGAUACGCAAUCUUGAGAAACUUCAUAGUCCUAACUGGAAGUAAAUUAAGUCAGGCAUCUGGACACAUAUAAGUUUUAUUGAGAGCUAGAAGCGCAGCACAGAUUCUGAAGACUGGUGUAUGACAACGCCACUGUCUUCAGUAGGUCUCAAAUCUCAGUGUAGUCCUCAAAAAAAGCUUCAGUAACUAAAGUGAAGUAAUCUUACUCAGAACUAGCUCCACUAGUUUUGUCAGAUGUUUCUAUGGCUACAAGAAACAGCAAAUAAAAAAGAAUGGGCACAUUUUAACUCAUGUUGGAUCCCGGUACCUAAUAUUGCAAUUUGCUUGGCACAUGAAUCAAACUAGAUUUGAAGCUCAUUAUUACUAUUCACAAAGUAAACAGAAUAAAGUUUUACACAGCAAUAAGUAUUUCUUUCAUAUGCUUGCCUCUUCCUAAAAUAGUGUAUUAUUAUUAAUAAUAAUAAUAAAAUUUUAUUCAUACCCUGCCCUUCCCAGCCAAGACUGGGCUCAGGGCGGCUAAUGUAGUAAUGUAAAUCUUCUGCCUCAUCACCAGUACUUCAUUUAUUUUAAUGCAUCAUUUCCUUACAUUUAUCCCAUGUCUCUUUGCUUAUAGUCCUGGUAUUGUACCAUUUUUAAAUUUCCACCUGGAACCAGAUUUUUCUUUAGUGUGGUGAGCUAAUAAACAAAAACUUGAGAGUUGUAAUUUAGUCCAGUUUACAAUUCAGACAUACUGGUUUAGCAGGUCUCAUGUUUGCGCAACUAUCCGGUGUUACCGAUGUCAGAACUUCCUUGUACGGCAUGUGACUACUCAGGGCAACACAUAACCUUGUUAAUAGGGAGGCGAGAACAUGUUACUUAGACCAAAAUGCAGUGAAGAGAUAAAAUAUUUCCAGUGGUGCAAUAGGUCAGUGUGUCUGGCUACUAACCAGAAAGUUGGUGCUUCGAGUCCACCCACGGAUGGCUGUGCGCAGGAUUCCUGCUUUGUGCAGGUGGUUGGACUAGAUCACCCUCAGGGGAUCCUUUCCAACGCUACAAUUCUAUGUUUCCAACACACCCUUGUAUUCAGUAAAUCCCCCCACCUCAAAAAAAAUCCCCAGGCAUAAACAAAUAUUCUUUGCUGGGUCAGAUCAAAGAUCUAUGCAGGCCAGCAUCCUGUUCCUCACAGUGCCCACCAGAUGUCUCUAGUAAGCUCAGAUGUCCGGGCACGAGGGCAGCAGCCUUCUCUUUCUGUUGUUCCACAACAAAGGGUUGUCUGAGGUAGCUGUUGAUAGCUGGCAGUGGAGAUGAGUGUCCUAACGCCUAGUUCACAAUUGUAUAAUGCACCAGUUGUUUGUGAGGGUGUUCAGCCCUCCACCCCCUUUUCAGUGUAGAAUAAUAGACUAGCCUUGGCCUGUGCUGUUACAAGAUUAUCAAGAUAAUUCAUCUGAAAUACUUUGAAAACUUCAAAACACUAUAUAACAUGCUGAGUGUCUAACCUGGGACCAGAGUGUGUGUGCGUUUUACUAGAUAACCCCUAUGGCAUAGUCACCCCCCCCCCAAGCAUUACCUGAGAAUCACACCCACCUUAGACAACGGUGCAUGUUUGUCCCAUACUCUUGAGUACUGUGAUGGCAUAUGCAUUGCAGGUUGAUUGACAGCAAUGGCUUUAAGGAGCGAUUGUGUAUCUUCUUUUAAAUGGAAGCCGCGUUGCAGAGCUAACUGCGCAAUUUGUAUUGCAGACUCCUAACGGCUUUAUGAAUGCCUUGGUCCGAUGGAAAUGAGUGAGCUGGACCAUACUGCUGGCAUAUGCUAAUUGCCUCUGAAAACAGAUUGCUCAGCCUGCUGCGUUUUGCAUCUGUUACGAUUUGCGUGAUAUUCCUCUCCCCUCCUCACUCCCCCCAAUGCGUGAAAAUAAUCAAGCAGCGAAGCUUGUAGGAAAAUAAACUAUUUGGGAAGUGUAGCGGGGAGUUAUGGAAGAAGCAAUUAGAUGACAGCAUAAGAAUGGCCCAAUAAAAUGGAAACUAAAAUUGAUAGGCUUGAAAGUGUCCCACUCAUUCAGGGUUCCCCUCCCUUUACAAAAUGUUUUAUAUCCUUGCCUGCAUUUGAAAACUCAUCAGUGUUGUGCUAUAAUUCCUAUGGUUUUUGUAAUUGGAUAUUGGCUUUUGAGAGAGAGGAGGAAAGAAUAUGGUGCAUGGGCUGUUAACAGAUGAUUUUUCAACUUUAUGUAUGCUUUCUGUGAUCAUAGUAAUUAGCCAGCUAGCAGGCUCCCAGGAAACCCCCCCCCCCGAUAUCUUCCUUAGGAGAAGCACUACUUAAACUAUUCUCUCUCCCAGCCUGCUGUAUUUAUUGCCUUUUCUCUCUCUAUUAUUGGGAUGGUUCGCAUCUGUUUUGCAGAUUAGCUCCCCGGGUGCUACUACAAUCAUUUCCCGUUAAACGGAUACUUUAAAAAAUCUUUCUGUUAAGCCCAGCACUUUGUAAGUUCCCAAACAAAGAAACUUGAACAAAGCUGUAAUGUGUAAUACAUAAGGUAAAAACUUUCAACUUCAAAAGAAUCUAGGCCCCAGUGCAACCUACUGUAGUGGUGGGGAUUUAGUAGCUUCAGAUAUUUUUCAUAUUCUUAGACAACAGUACUGAGUAAGUACUGCUUUGUCCUCCAGGGUGGCUACAAGGAGUUAGGAAGUGUUCACUUCGUUUUGGAUCAGCAGCAGUUUGUGUCUUCUGAACCCAACAAGCUGCGGUUAAUCUCAGCUGUGGUUUAAAUGAAGGUAGCUAACUUUUGACAAACCAUAGUUAAGAUGAACCACAGUUUCAAGCUUAAUGAUGAACUGCAGUUAGUCAAACAGAGAAGCACUGUGCACACAGCAGGACUUUACCUUCCUCCUUGCACAAGCACUCGGAAUCUGCUCUGGAGGGACCUCCAAGCCCCUAUAGCAGAUUUUGAGAGUGCAUGGGGGCUGCAGGGGAGAGGAGGGGAAAGAACCAUUGGGCAAUAUGCGAAUGGGAAUUUUUUUGGAAGUUGCCUGUGGGAGAUGCAAGAACUGUUCCUCAUUGGAAAAUGUGAAAGCUCUCCAUUUGCUCUCCAAAGAGUAAUUUUCUCAUUUCCUUUGGGGCGGGAUGGGGAGAGAAACUACCCAGACAGCUAAACUGAAAAGCUAAAUGUGGUGUUGGUUUUAACCGGAUUGUCCUUUUUCUGUAGGUUGUAUGUACCAUUGCCAUUUUGAUAGUGAAAUACAAAGCAAAAUUGUUUUCCCGCAGGUGAUCAUAACACCCACCUCAGCCUUCAUGGCACCGGUGGCGACGGGCUGGCUGAUGAUGGGGCAACCGUUGAAGAAGGAGAGGCCAGCCCCGAUGCUCAGCCGCAGCAAGGUCGAAGAAUGCGCAGAGAAGCAUGCACUUGCCCCUACUGCAAAGACAACGAAGGAAGGUAAGGUUGUGCAGGCAUAGCAUGUGUCAUUAAGGUGUUGUGCGCUGUGGUGCAAGUGAGGGAUGGAGUUGGUUUGGAGUUCUUUUGUCACCUUUUGCAUUCAGGACUUUCAUAGCAGCAAGUAUACAUCCUCAAAGAAUACUGGGAAUUGUUUUGAGGAGGAGGAGAAAUAUCUGCAGGAGGGUAGCCAGCCCUCCUUGUUCCCUCCCAAAAUUCCUGGGUUCCAUGUGGAUGGGGUGGGAGAGAAUGAUUUGUUCAACCAUUUUAUUUGCUGUGACAAGAGUCUUAGCCACAUUCACCCUGCUGCAAGAUUUCAGUGCUUAGAGCUGCCUGGGUAGGAUGUUGGUGGUUUCAGGCGAAGUUGUGCAUCUUGUAGCUCCAUGUAGACCAAAGUUUUGCCAGGGUUACAUGACGGGGAGCUGCAAUCAGGCUUAUGUUGCCUUUGCAAUACUAACCAAAUCAAGCGUCUCCUGGUGCUCAUGGGAAAUGAGGUGUUCAUUUUCUGGGUGCUAGGAACCAAUGGGGAGCCUUCCAACAGUACCCAUGGAUUCUUUCCUCCACCUCUUCUCCAGCACGAUUCCUCCAUUACCAUCUGCGUUUAUUUUGCUGUCCCAUUUAUUUCCUACAUUUCCCCGCCCAAUUAUGGAUCUGGGCUUAAAAUAAAUAAAUCACAUUUCCAGAGCCGAAUAAUGUAGCAUCUGCCUAUACCAAUCCAAUGAAUGAGCGUAAUUAACUGUGCUACAGAAACUCAACUUCCUUGUUGUAGCAAUUAAACAUAAACUGCCUGUAUUCAGGACAUGAAACCUGCACAAGCAAUUAGUGUAAAGUAAAGGUAGGGGUGGGAAUGAGGUAAUUUAUGGCCAUUGUUUAAAAUAUUAGCCAUAGAUGAGCAGAGAGCACCUGCUUAGAUAUGUUUGUUCAGCAUUUUGCCUUUCAGCCCACUAGAGGCCUCUCAAGGUGGCUUUCAAUUGAAAUAGCCAUCACUUAAACCAGCAAAGAAAAAUUUAAAGCACACGUAUUUGAGAUAGGGAAUUGUCUCCUUGUAGUUACAGGAGCUAUUGACUCUCUUCCUGAUCUCUUAGAACAGGCUGGUCUAUAAAUCUGCUCGAGAGACUUGAAAAAUAACUGUCCACUAAUGUGGGAAUCUGAUUGCAAGGCUGAUAGUAAGUGGUCUCGUUGGCCUUAUUAUUUGUGUAGCUGUAAAGCAUCUAAUUUUAAAGGGAGAUCCCUGUUAUAUUAUUUUAUUGGUUUAAAGUGGGUUAGAAGUACACAAAACACACACACACACACACACACACACACACACGUUUUAGAGACGUGCAGGAUGUAACAUGAUGCUGGUCUCAAGGUAAAGACUGAGAAUUGGGAAGGGAUUCAGAAGACGUAAGAGACUGAGAAAGCACAUUAAUAUAACUGGGAUUUAUUCACUUAAACAUGUCUAGUGAAAAUACACUGAGUAUUUGCAAAAAAUACUAAAAGGAUUCUAUGUAUGGAACCAUUUUUAGGGGCACUGGGGAUCCAGGGAAAAAGAAGCAGCACAUCUGCCACAUCCCAGGCUGUGGGAAAGUGUAUGGGAAGACAUCUCAUCUGCGUGCCCACCUUCGGUGGCAUACCGGAGAGCGGCCGUUUGUGUGUUCCUGGAUGUUUUGUGGCAAGCGCUUCACACGCAGCGAUGAACUGCAGCGACACAAGCGGACACAUACAGGUAAGUGCAAGGAUCUGGUGUGGUUUGAACAAGCAGCACCAUCAGCUCAGGGCAAAGGAAUGAUUGGAACAAGUGCUGUAGGAAUGUUGGAACCCUUCGUGAAUGCAAGGCUGAUCUCAUCCAGCGGAACCCCAGAAUUCCCUAGUGAUGUGUUUCUUAUAAACUCCGGACUCCAGCUGCUACAGAGUCCUUGCUAAAGGGCAGAUAGUCAUCCUCUCUGCUGUGGAUUGAAGACCCUUCUUCAGGCUAUGAAUGAAUUAAUUAAUUAUUUUGGUCACAGACCAGUUCCAGCUCGCAUACAAAAUCAGGGAAGUCAUGAAACACAAUAGGGAUACAUUUAAAUUUGCAGUUCGGUAUAACAGGGACAGUACAGAUACAGCAGCAGUUAAAAAUAUAUAAAUUAGAUCUUACUAAAAUAUAGUGAGUCUUCAGGCUAUGGUCUCACAAACACAGGAACAGUAUCCAGCAAAUGUGUCCUGCCAGCACAAGGAUUACUGCUUGUGCAGUGGGGAAUCCCCCCACUUUCCUACUCCCCCCCCCCAUACACUGCACCCUCCCUAAAUCUGCUGUGGAAGAUUUGGGGGAUUCCCUAGAACAGAUUUGGGGGAAGUUCUGUUGCACAAACAGAAAUCAUUGUGCUGACAGAACACAUUCGUUGGAUAUUGCCCAGGUUUAAGAAAAGGGGAGAUGUUAUUUUUAUAGCAUCCGUACCCUUGCUCACUCCACAUUUCAGCUGUGUCCCAAUUAGAGCAGAAAUAUAACACAUUAAGAACUACAGCUAGUGGAGUAACUGUAUGCCAGAACAUUGCAAUUUAAAUGUUGCACUACGCACAUUCCUUUAGAAGCUUCUUUUUCAGAUGCUGCUUUGCAUAUCAUUUGUAAAAACACAGUUGCUUUCCAAAAUUUGCUGAAGCUAAAACAAACGCUACUAAAAACGUGUUUCCUAUAAUGGUAGAUGAAAGUUACUAUAAAUCAGCAAAUAAACUUGAGCAAUAAUGGAAAUACUUAUGAAAAUAUGUUGUUGUUUUUUUUUAAAAAAAAGACCACACCCAGCAACAGGCAUAUGCAGAUGGCGUAAGGCAGAUAUCACUGAGAAAGACAGUUAGAAUGGAUGCUGUUUCAGAGAAGGCCAUGCCUUGUGUGCUAGCUCAUCUCACUUUGCACAUGGGUGUUCCCCAAAAUGAAGCCCUCUCUGCAGAUCUUAAGGAAGUUUGCUGGGAUAAGGCUUCUCUUGAGACAACACUGGGUCUUAGUUAUUUAGGAUCAUAAAAGUAAUAACCAGCACUUGACUUGGACACAGAAGGAAAUGGGCAAGAAUUUCAUCUGCUAAAAUAGGUGCUGUGUAUAGCUAGACAUUGUCAACACACAAGCACUUGCAUUCCACACUAGUUGAAGCUUUAGAGCCAUCUUCAAAGGCCACUUUGAGAGUGUCUUACAGUAAUCCAGACAAGGACACAAGAGCGUGGAUGGUGGUAGGGGCCAGAUUCCAGCUGGUUUGGAGUACCACUUGCUCACUUUCUAUAAGCAAGUGCUUGCUGGUGGAAGCGCUUUGAUCUCUAGCCUUUUGAGUGUGGAGGGAGGUCUAUGCAGUCUCAUCCUCAUUUCUUUUCUGCAGGGGAGAAGAAGUUUGCCUGUCCAGAGUGCCCCAAGCGCUUCAUGAGGAGCGACCACCUCUCUAAGCACAUCAAGACCCACCAAAACAAGAAGGGGCCCAACAACGUGGCCAUGGACGUCUCUGCCGUCUCCAUGGACACCGGUGCUUCAGCAGAGGGCACUAGUGGGGCAACACCCUCGACCCUAAUUGCGACCAACAUGGUGGCCAUGGAGGCAAUCUGCUCCGAAAGCAUUGCGCGCCUUGCCAGCAGCGGCAUCAACGUCAUGCAAGUGGCAGAUCUCCAGUCAAUCAACAUCAGCGGCAAUGGAUUUUGAGGCACCGCGGACUGCGUGGUGGAGGUGUUGUGCAAACGUGGGAUACUCAAGGUAGCAAUGGGUCCAAGGGAUGAGAUCUUUCAUUAUACAAAAGGUGAAAGAUGAGGGACUCAGCUGCACCACCCAGCCUCCAACCCCCAUUGUGGUCUCCCAGGAAUACUGCUUGCAAAAUAAGGCCUGCUUGCUGUCCAGGUCAACCCUCAGAUGCCUGAUGUGAUUACCUGGGGAAAUGAUGGAGAUGGCCCUGAGCUGUUUGACUCGUUUUGUUUUGCUCUCCCCCCACCCCCAUAAAAGUCCACCCCCUUGUUAGGUACCCCACAUGCCAUCAUGCCUUGGUUCUAAAUGUAUAUGAUCAUUGAAAUACUUUUUAGCAGAAAAAAAUCUAUAUUAUUAUUAUUAUUAUUAUUGUAAUUAUAUAAAGCUAUAAAAUAUGUUCAUUUUGAUGAGAGGUUAAAAUUGCUGUGACCAAAGUCUUUGGUCGUUGUUCAGAUGCCUUAACUUGGAACUCCUUGAGCUGUUAGGUGGUGCUCAAGCCUAUGUUCAGAUGCUAUAUUGCAUUUUACAUUGUAAGUAUAAAAACAUAAAUUUAGCUUUUUGUAUGCUUGGCUUUUAGGUUUGUCUUUCUUCUCUCCAACCCCCAUUUAAAGAAAAAACAAUAAUUUGGGUACUUUUUUUGUUUGUUUGUUUAACUUUAUUUCCUUGGGGGUUUUUUUUUUUGUUUGGUUUUAAUUCUUAUUUUUCUCCUUUUGGAGAGAAGUGCAUCUGUGCACAUCAGCUAUUCCCCCCACCCCGCACGCCGCCAUGUGGCAGGGUCCAUGACCUGAAACAUGUUCUAUUCUGAUUUUGUUGCAGGAGGUAAGCAAUUAAGAUGUAUCCUGCUGCUGCAGUCACUUCUAGGCCUGUACAUUUGGCACAAGCCCUAUUCACUUUCUGAUUUGAAUCAGUCAAAAUCUCAUAUAAUAAAACCUGCAAUGGAACUGAGGCCCAAGUAACCUGGUACGCAUGCAGAUGAUGUGCCAAGCAUGUUACAUAUAUGGUGGUGUGUGUUUUGAAAGGGUGAGCUCUUUACUCAGCCAAGGAAGUGUGUACUGUGGGACAAGAUAGAUCUAGAGCUUUGUAUCCCGUUGUGUUUUUGUCUGUUUGGUAGGUGAAUGCUAUACCAAAUAGGAAAAGAAGAUGGGUAUCUUGGAUUUGUGUUUAUUUUUUAAAACCUCAAGCAAAUGCAUUGCACUUCUCCGGUUCUAUUUAAACUGCCUUUGGUAGCAUUCAGCUCCCUUGCAAUAUUGUGCAUCCCCAUGUGGGUGCAGUAUGAAUAGGAAAUGCAGCAGCUGGGACUGGAUGUUGUUGGCUAUCAGCAAGCUACAGAAGACGUGUGAGAGCCAAAAUAAAUGAAGAAGGAAGAGGGUGCCUUUUGAGGAGCAACAGGGCCUUUUGAUCUUAGCAGUAUUUGGACAUUUCCCCAGAGCCCUGGGCUUCAGUGUGAACCAGCCUGACAUUCUAUGCAGCACCACAGUUGGCCAUACUCCGCCAGUGCCUUACCCUUUCUUUUUCCUCUUCGUCGUACCCAGCUGUUAACUAAAAGUCAUCUCUUCUCCCCUUGGGCUAUUGAAGCAAACUGCUUUCGCUUCAAGUAGUGAAGGGAAAAUAGCAAAUACUGAAUUUCAGGAAGGUGACAGUUUUUACAGGCAUCCUGUCUCUUUUUAACAUCCUUCAGCAGGAGAAUGAUGCUUCCUGCAGUGCCUAGGCCACCCUUCUUUGCCUUAGAGUGCUCACAGGGGUCCGUGACUUGGUAGCCAGCCAUUAUGUUUGGCUGCCACUUCCAUGGCCCCAAGUCCUGCCUAAACUGUUGUUUUCAAGAGCAGUGGCCAAGUCACAUCAUUUCUACCUGCUUUUCCACUCUCCGGCACCCCCAACUGCCUUCCUUUCUCUGCCUUGUUCUACCUCUGUCUUCCAGCUUUAUUUCACUUUGCCACCUCCCCCUGCACACCAGUAGCACCAGAAAAUACACACCAUGCUCUAAAUUACCAGCCAGUUUCUCUUCUGUCCCUAUUCCAGCCAUCAGAUCUUGAUGCUAGCAUGCCGUGUUUUAGCAAGACUGGCAUAGAGCUGUGUUUCUGUUGGGCAGAGGUGGAGGAAAUGACUCUGCCAUCUCACUUCCUCAGGAGUUUGCCAGAAUCAAGCUUGUAGUUGCUGCUGCUGACCGGGUGGCUGUGUCUGCAAGGCCCCUGGUGCACAGAGUCAUGCUUUAAUGAUACGCAGUUUCAGAACAUAAGGACAUCUCCUGCAUGGCCUGCAGUAUUUGUUGAGCUGAGGGAGAAUGGGAACCCGUCUUUAGAUCAAAGGUAUAAGACAGGAAACUGUCCGUAUUAGGAAAAAAAGGAACUGGUAUGAGAUUAUGUUAUGAGUUCUGCAGCACAGAUGAAUUAUCCAGUUUUUUUGGCCUGUGAGCUUAGCUCUUCGGUUUAGCUUUCUUUUUCAUUGAGACAAAAGUAUUAAGGACUCCCCUCUCUUGCUUAUGGUUCUGUGAAGCUUUUAUCAUUUUGCUCUAGUUCAGUCACUAUAUCUUGUCAUGCAGAUAUUGGGUUGCAAAGAGCAGGGCUGUACCAUACGAAACAGUUCAUGCCAGAAUUUGUGUGCGUGUUUUGAGCAUUAUUAAAUAGGAACUUCCUGUGCCAGCAUAGAAAACGAGGCAUUGGCAUGCCAGUACCUUGGCUUCUUCCUCCAUACCAGUGAAAAACCUUUGAUUAGAUUUUCACUUCAGUGUGUAUGCACCAAAUCCUCAGAGAUGCACAUCAAAAUAAAUUGAUGAGCCUCUGCUAGAAACAUCCUUCUGUCAAGUUUUAUAAGAUUCGGAAUUGCACCUGUAAAACUUGCGCCCCAGUGUGAAAGCAAGUAUGAUUAUCACUUUGUACACGCUAUGCAUUCACUCGCUUGUAGAAAGACCAGUGAAAUUGUAAGUAGUAAAUGUUAUGGCUUAAAGGGGUUUUAUUUCAGCAUGAGUGAAUGAAAACUGUCUCUUGAAAACGUUCUAGUAUCUCUGCUGGAUUUGAUCUGGCAAACAGAUUGAUCUUGCUGCAAGAUCAGCUUAUAUGGCACCUUUUCCAAACCAGUGUUGCUUCAAAAGCAAGACGUUUUUCUGUGCCAAAAGGACUUUAUGGGUACAGUCAGGUCAGAGAUAGAUUGUCCCAAGGAAGUAAGGAUUUUAAAAGUAUGAGUGGCUGUUUAUUCUGAGCAAGUCUGCUUUUACAGUGAUGGAUCUUAAGCGUUCCAUGAAAGUCAGGUUAACCAUGUUGUUACUGAAAUGACUGAACACAGGCUUUGGGAAGGUGGAGACAGGAUAUGUCCUAGGUAAGUAAAAUACGACAUGAUAAGCAAUAAUACAGAAACCUCUGGUCCUUAAUUUUAGUUUUUCUCUGGGUCUGCCAUUUCAGUCCCAGUGCUUCAAAUUUAUAUUGACAGAGAUGGUAAGGAUCUCUUUUUAAUACGCUGUACAUUGAAUGCUUCCCCUUUUGCCAGAAAGCCAUGUUGUGUCUUCUAGAAUGCCCAGAAGGUGUUGGUUUCUAAUCAGUUGUCUUCAGCACCCAUUUUCAAGCUGCUUUUCCUGAAGGAAUUAAUGGAACUUCAUAUGUCCACUGUUUAGAAAACAGUGAGCAUCGCUGUGGUCUGUCCCAGUCAUCCUUGUGGACUGCAUUAUAGGUCUGCUGCCUUGUCAAUCUAUUCAUCUUGCCUAUUCAUCUUCUUGUACAGAUUUUCUGCACCUAAGGAAACUUGUUUUCUUUUAAAAUCCAUAGGACAUUUUCUUCUUUAUUCUGAGUGUGGUUUGUUCAAUCUCAGGCUCAGUGUGGCAUAGGAGAAGAAUCCAUUGGUAGCCAAUAGCUAGAAUUUUGUCAUGUUGUCAAUUAUAUCAGGAGUGUUGUGUAGCAAAUUGCCCACCCCAAAGGAUAUAUUGGUCUUACUUGCUGAAUCUUCGCAGUGUUUUUUUUCUUUUUAAGGAGCAAUAUUGUCCAGCUUAUACCACAGGGGUCACAAAGUAGAAACCAGGUGUUUUCAGCCCGUGAUAGAAGUAUAGGAAAACGGUGAAACUUGAACACUAAGGGUUGUUUUGUUCAAUGCUAGUCCUGCUCAAAGUACACUCAUUUAAAUGCAUAGACCUGUUACUCAUGUUUACGAAUUUCAGUGGCUCUGCUCUGAGUAUGAUUGGCAUUGGCUAUAACCCUAAGGAAGGGAAGUAGCUCUUGCUAUAAAUCCCUCUACUUUAUUGAAAGUAUUUGUAUUUAAAAAAACAAACAAAAAAACCACCAACAAUCUUAAUGAUCUUUCAAAACUAGAUGCAUUGGAAGGGUAAUGUUUUGGAAAUAGCGGAAAUUCUAGAUCCCUUGGUAGAAUGCAGUAUUAAUUUUCUCCCAAUGUUUUACAAACGGUGCCUUAACUUGAGAUGCCCCAGGGGCAGCAGUUUGUUGCACCUGCUUGCAGAAUGCCACUGGUUCUCUCUGUUCAUCUGUUUGCAAGAACUGAAGUCCAAAACAAGCCAAGGUGUUCUAGGCAUCUUCCAAAGUGGCUUUAUCUGCGGCAGUAUUCCAAAUAUUUAGCAGAACCUCCAGGGUUGCUCUCUUACCAGACUUAUGUUGCUUUUCCCAAGUAUGUUGCUUUAUCCAUCCAUCCAUCCAUUCCCUGGAAAACGCCCUCCACUCAGGUAGUAUCCCACCUACCUGUCCUCUCAAUAUAGCAAGUUAUCUGAAAUGUGUUAUCGUGCCCCAUCUUUAAGCAAAGCAGCAGCAAAAGUUUUACUGUAAGGAAAAAGACAUACUAUGGGUGCCUUUUGUGGGGAGUUCUAAAAUGACGCUUGCUUUUUUAAACUUUUUAGUUUUCUCAUGGAAGUGGCUGUUAAGUUGAGACAGCCUGGUAAAGGCCAGAGUGGCACUAUUUUAUUAGCAUCGUGCUGUGGUUGCAUCGUGCCAGUGGUGCCCAGGAGACAUGGACUUCCACCUGUGUCCUCCGCAUCUCUCCUGCUUCUCCUGUUGCCAAGCUGGAGUUGAUGUUACUUACCUAGUGUCUACUCCAGGGGUCAGCAAUCUAAGGCCCAUGGGGGCCGUUUAACCGGCCCAUGGACCCCCGCCGCCCACCCGCUUGGCUCCCGUGCGCCACGCUAAACCAGCGCGGAGCAGAGCGGAGACUGCCUUCCACAACGCUGGCUGGCUUCCCAUUGGCUGCAGGAAGCUCCUGCAGCCAAUGGGAAGUUGCACACGCCUCCUCCGCACCGGAAGGAGCGCUGGAAAUAGCAUUUGCGCACACUCGCACUCAGGCCCACCGUGGCGUCUGCGGGACCGUGAACCGGCCCAAGCCACAAAAACUUUGCUGACCCCUGGUCUACUCCCUGUCCCCCACAGAGGUCAGGGCUCUGUUCCCGGAAGUCUUCAUUCCUAGCCAUGCCUGCUCACACUGCCUGCUUCUGUGGCACAACAGGGUGGGGUGGGGAGAGACCGGAAGCAUCUUAAACUUCCUGUGAGGUUUCAAAAAGGGAUUCGUCUGCACCGGUGUUCUUCAACCUUGGGGUCCCCAGUACAAUAUUGGGCUGUAACUCCCCCCAUCCCCAGAUGAGCGUAGCCCAACGCUCAGGGAUGAUGGAAGUUGCAGUCCCCACAUCAUCUAGGGACCUCAAGGCUGGAGAACGCCAGUCCAAAUUGCCACAUGUGUCUGCUUUAUGGCUAGUGCAGGAUUAUGACCUAUGCCAGAAUGGCACUGUGACUCUUGCCUGUCUGUGCCGGUUGUGAGGGUCUCUCAUGACUUGUCUCAUGCUUGAGCCCAUACACACACUGCCUAGUGGCAUACUUAGAUAGAAGCAUCCUUUGCUGUACGCACACUGAAAACAAAAGACUCGAAACAAGUCACAAGUGGUUGGUUUUUUUUCCUGGGCUACCUCUUCAGGCUGCUGAUGGGGUUUGGGUGUGUUGGAGAAUUGCCUUAUUGAUUGCUCCCCCAAUUGAGGGCAGAGGAAGAUCCACGUCUUUAGGAAAUUAGCAUGUCCAGGAGAGGAAUCCACACCUGACAUGCUGGAUCAUUUGUGGCUUUUUGUUUGUUACUUUAAAUAAAUUUUAGGUUCGGGUGGCUUUAUUUGUGGAGAAUCAUUCAGAGAUGCAACUGCAAAGUGGAUCUAGGAAAAGCUUUACUAUUUGAUUCCUCUGAUUUUGUGUAAAGUGGCCCAAAAUCCGAAACGUGCAAAGCGAAAGGAGAGGGGGGACGACUGUAUAUUAUUAUUAUUUUAUAUUUUCUUAAAAUAACUUACAAUGUUCUUUCUGGAAUCAGACGUGCCUUUUCCUUUAUAUACAAGGGUUCUAUAUAGCCAAGCCAGUGCCAUCAGCCUUCAGUGGCUCUUCUGUCGCGUUCUGUGCCUUCGAACAGCUUUGCCUAGCUUUAAUCUUGUCACAGUCCAGUCUAAAUGGGCAGCUGGAGUUCAGCAGUUAACUUAUUCCCCCACCCACCAACCCAAAGGUAAAAGGAUGAGAGCACUGACUUUUUGCAUGCUCUGCAAUGGAAAGGGGCGGUUGUGGAGGGGAAUGAGAGUUUCUGCCCAGUUGCCAUUCCCAGGUUCCGCUAACGUUUCAUAAAUGUUUUUCAUUAUGUUCAGUGGCUUGUAAUCCUCUUCCACAGUAACCUGGCUGCCUCUGUCACCUCUCCCAGGAAGGGGGAAGGUGGGUAGCAAUCUAAGUCGUCUUUGGUGCUUAACAGCACAGUUCUGCAGACACUUAAAGCCAACCUGUAACACUGGCAAUAAAAUAAUUCUUGUCUAGCUGUGUAAAAGACUGUUUUAUCUUGUAAUAAUGUAUGUGCUUCUUUUUUAAAAAAAAAAAAAUCCAAUUCCCGAUGUAAUGAUGUCUGAAACACUUUUUAAAAGUGCUAUUUUUGUACAAAGAUUAAAGUAGUUUGGCUCCUUUGUAUACUGAUUACAAUUUUUUUAAAAUGAAAGGAAUAAAACAAGUAUUUACAGAGUUUGUUUUU